UCCCGAUCCCGAUCCCCGUCCUGGUCCCACCCCGCUGACCCCCCCAUGGCCAAGCAGAGCCCUGCGGAGCCGCAGGCGGCGGUGCCGAGCGGCGCGGCCCGCGGGAAGAGCAAGAAGAGGAGGAAGAAGAGGAAGGCCCUCGGGGAAGCGGCGGCCGCGUCCAAAGGCCCCGGCAUGGCGGCUGUGGGUCCCCCCCGCAACCCGCAGGAGUUCUCCUCCAACUGGAAGGCGCUGCAGGAGCUGCUGAAACAAAAGGCAAAUAACUCCAAGAAGCCCAUCCCCACGGGUCAAACAGACACCAAAAAGAAGCAGCCACUCAAAGCAGCCAAAAGCCCAGAAGUCCCAGCAGUCAAUGGGAAUGGGAAUGUGGUAAAGGUAAAAUCCACAAAUAAAAUGGAAAAUGGUGCUGCUAAAGCUCCUUUGGCCAAGCCAGAAUCCAAGGGGGUUACAGCAAAUAAGAACUUAAAUGGCACCAAAAGCAAUGGGAAAAGCAGCAAAGAAAAAAGAAAAAAUGGCAUUGUUGUGAAGGAGAAGGACGAGCUGAAACACAAGAGGAGGAAAGCUGAGGAACCCCUGGAGCAGCAGCCCAAAGAGGCUGACAUCUGGUUUGAUGAUGUUGAUCCCAAAGAUAUUGAAGCAGCACUAGGACCUGAAGCAGCAAAAAUUGCCAGAAGGAACCUGGGGCUUGAAACAGAGCAAUGCCAGUCUGUGGAGAAGGUGCUGGUUAAGGAAAAGGCUUUUGAUGGGCUGACCAGGGCCGUGGCCAUGGACUGUGAGAUGGUGGGGGUGGGCCCCAAGGGCGAGGACAGCAUCUUGGCUCGGGUGUCCAUCGUCAACCAGUUUGGCAAGUGUGUGUAUGACAAAUUUGUCAAGCCCACGGAGAAGGUGACAGACUACAGGACAGCUGUCAGUGGCAUCUGGCCUCAGAACGUAAAUUCAGGUGAAGACUUCAAAACAGUUCAGAAGGAGGUGGCUGAGAUCCUGCAGGGAAGGAUUUUAGUUGGGCACGCCCUGCGGAAUGACCUAAAGGUCCUACUUCUUGAUCACCCUCACAAGAUGAUCAGGGACACACAGAGAUACAAACCUUUCAAAGAGAGAGUCAAGAGUUCCAGGCCAUCCCUGAAGCUGCUGUGUGAGAAGCUGCUCAGUGUGCAGGUGCAGACAGCAGAGCACUGCUCGAUCCAGGAUGCACAAGCAGCUAUGAGACUUUACACCCUGGAGAAAAAGAAAUGGGAAGCUGCUGUUAAGAACAAAGCUAACAAGAAAAAUUGUAAAGCUUAAAAAACACAGGGCAGAAUCUUUCAUCUGCAGCAUUUGCUGGUUUGAUGUCACAUUCCAGAUUUGGAGAGAAGUCAGAACUGACAGCAGCUACUUCAUAAAAUCAAUCCAAAGACAAUGCUACAAUAGCCUGGAAGUACAGGAAUGCUGCUGGUAUCCCGUGCCUGAUGCCUGCUACUGUGCUCAACCAACCUUUGUAACAAAUCCCUGAAGCUGGGAAGAACUUCAUCAGUUAAAUUCCUUCAACAGAAAUAGACACUGAAUAAGUUAAAAAUAUUAAAUUAUGAUAGACGAAGGAAGAAACUGUCAAACUCCGAGGAUUAAGAUCUUUAUUUCAAGUAUGUUGAGGCCCACAAAGUGAUGUCUACUGCAAGGUGAAUUCUUAAUUAUUGCUGUUACACAGUUGUGGUACCCAAACCAUCAAUAAAUACCCGUUUGUAUAUUAUUAAUAGCCCAAUAUUCUUUUUUUCUGGUGAGAAGAAUCCUCUAAUGGAGGCUCCAGGCUUUUGUAUCCAGCAGUUUUGAAAGUGUUGCAUCCACCAAGGUCAGAAUCUCCUGGAGAGAAACGAGAGAAUUGUCAGACAGAAGAUUACCUUGUUGCUCCACUUAUUUUUGUAUUCAUUUAUUAAUAAAAACAAUGUGUCUAACACAGGUCUUUGAAGUGGCUGCUGUUACAACAGGAGAGGGAGCUUUCUCCCCUUCUGGGAUUAUUUUUUUCUGUGCUACCUUGGGGCUGCAGUGUUCAUUGAAAGGGUGCAGGCAAUGCCUGCAGGAGAACAGUUUGUGACUGUCUUUGAAAACAAUUCUGUAAAUACAAAACUAAAAUCAGCAAAAUUAAGACUAACCAGUUCUAUUGGCUUGAUGAACAAACCUAAUUAUUGGUUUCUUGCCAGCAAGCCAUUGCAAAAGAAAUAUUAGUGUAACACAUUAAAUAGCUCUGGUAACUUUGCUGGUUUUUCCUUUUUUUUCAGUGUGACUACUUGGUGAAAUUUAAUGCAAGUUAAAUCUUCCCACAAACUUCAGAGAGGUUUUUUUGGGUUUUUGUUUAUUUGUUAACAAUGCCACUUCCAAAUCAAAAAUAAAUUGGAUGUAAUAUACUUAUGGCUUUAUUCCUGUAAACUUCAGCCUGGUUUAGCAUGAGGACUGCAAUAAAUUAAUGUAAUGUUGCAA